GAGUCUGCGCCGAUUUUAACAUUUAACCCUAAAUUUUUAUACAUCUAGCCGCUUCUACGAAAGCAAACACCUUUCUCUUCCUUCCUUCUACUUUCACCGCCACCCACGAUCGCCGUCAGCGUUCUCAGCUCAGCUUUCCGGACCUCCUCUCUAUUCUCAAGUCUCCAAAGUUUGGUCUGAAGCCAAACAUAAGCUAGUGAAGCCGAACCACAAAACAAAAGCGAAAAACUCUCCGGUUCCUAUCGCUGGCCGUCGGACAGGUCUGUAGUUUUCUUAUCUUAUGGCGAUGUGUGUCGAAGACAGAAUUAGUAGUUUUCCGGAUUAUAUUCUUUGUCAUAUUUUGUCAUUCCUACCCAUUAAAGAAGCAGUUCGAACCUCUAUUAUUUCAACCAAGUGGAGAUGCCUCUUUUCUUACAUUUCUACCAUUGAAUUUGAUCAUUGUUUACUGAGUGGUUUGACUGACAGAAAUGUUGACAGCUUCAAGAACUUUGUUGAUAGGUUAUUGAAAUUCCCCGAUCAAGUAAGUUUAGAUUGCUUUAGGCUAAGUGAUGGGAUUUCUUCAUGGAAUGAUGAAGAUCAUGAUUUUGAUGUUUCUGGUUGGAUAUGUGCUGCACUGUGCCGUGGUGUUAAGGAAAUUGAUUUGCAAUUAGAUAAUCUUGGGGAUGCUCCACCUGUUUUAUUCACUUGCCACUCACUGGUGAAACUGACAUUGGAAGGAAAAGGGUCUAAGCUUGAGGUCCCACCUGACGCUUGUUUAGGGAAUCUGAAGACUUUGUGGCUUGAAAACUGGGUUCUUUUCGGUGAUUCCAUCAAUAGAUUAAUUUCCAAUUGUCAUGUCUUAGAAGAUUUGGCUUUUACUGACUGUUGUAUUGCGAAUACAAGUGAGCUUACCAUCCAAAGUCCUUCGCUUAAGGAAUUGGUUUUAGAUUUUUUUUCGGAAGGCGUCGGAGAUUUCAAUUAUGUGCUGGUGAUUAAUGCUCCAAAUCUUGUUUAUUUUCGAUAUUACUCCAAAAUAGUUGAUGGUUAUACUUUGAGCAACAUGAACUCCCUAGAAAAUGCCGAUAUUCACAUCGAUGCGUUUGAUUUCGAAGAUGAUGAAACUACUGCAACUCGACUUUUCAGCGAUGAUGAAAUAAAUGCAACUCGUCUUAUUCAAGGAAUUUGCAAUGUUCGGUCUCUAACUUUAGUCAUCGAUGGAGUGAUUCCCCCAGCAGUUCCAUUUCCUAUAUUUCACAACCUUAUUGAAUUCAACUUUUAUGGGAGAGGAAUUUGGCUUGUGGAGUUCCUAUAUUGUGCUCCUAAUCUGAAGACGCUUAAGUUCAGUUUUUCGGAUGUCCCAGGAACUCGAUGGAAGACUUUACUUACAGAAGUUCCUUCUUGUCUGUUAUUUCACCUCAAGGAGAUUGAGAUGCUAAUUUCAUGCUCUGACAAGCAUAUGAUUAGAUAUUUCUUGGAUAAUGCAAUGGUUCUGGAAAAGCUCAUAAUAAGGGUGAGGGAUCUGACCGCGACACAAAGAGAGAAAGCCCGCAACAAAUUAUUGCAGUUAUUAAAAAAUUCAAAGAAAUGUCAAUUUGUAAUUUUGUAGUACUAAAUUAUAACAGGGGUUUGGGUUUUUUUUUUUUUUUUGCAUUUUUGUGGCUCAAGAAAUUUAUAUUAUUAUCUCUU